UGGCCGGAGGCUGCUCAUCUACUGUCGGUGACCCUCAAAUCGACCCUGCAGCCUUUCCUGGGCUCCUGCAAAACUCCCCCCGAUUUUCGGGGGGGCGGGGCAGAAGAACAUUUGCAGGCUCGGGAGAAAGGGGGUAGCGGGAUCUUAGACACAAAUCAACAGUCCAAGAGCUGGCCUAGCUGCUGGCUCCUGCCCGCAGACCCUGUUCCGCACCGCACUGCGCGGAGCUCCGGCCCGCGGCAGCGCAGCUCUCCGCAGUUGCGGAGCGGAGUUCGAGGAGCAUUAGGAACGUUCCCCACAAGCUUUCCGCGGAGGAAAACAGCCCGUGGCGCCUCCCGAAGGCACAUUGGCGCCCUCCCUUCCUCUGAGGGGCAGGCACCAGCCACCCGCCCAGGGCGCCGGGAGCGAGCUGUAGGUUUCCAUAGACACCAUUAAUUGUAUUUCGGGUAUUUGUCUCCAGGGAAACCGGAGCCUGGCGCGGGUCUAUAUAUUCCCCCGCAAGCCGAGCUCUCAGAGCGCUGGGCUGCGGGGAGGGAGGGCACCAAAAGAAAGAGAGAAACUGCCAAGAAGUUUGCUCGCUCCCCGCCCCGUCCCUGUCCGCCCCUUUAAAGACCCGGCAGCGAUGCCCACCCGCAAGAGAGGCGCUGAGCCGGGCUUGGGGAACGCUCUGGAGCCCGCUGAGCAGCCGAGCGAGAACAACCCCGGAGCAACUUGGGCGGCUGCGGACUAAGCGCGACUCCGCGGAGAAGGGCAGGGGCUGGCCUCCAGCCGAGAGCGCCCGGAGGAUGCCAGCGAGCCAGGAUCCCCACGCCGCCCCUGCCCCGCGCCCCCUUCGCUGAACAGCUGAGUCUGGGGAGGAGCCGGGCUGGCCGCGGGGAUGAACAGCUCGCUGGCCCAGCUCAACGCGUCCGGCGGCGAGGCCGGCUGGCAGCCCGAGUCCGUGCUCAUCCCGCUGGUGUACUCGCUCAUCUUCCUGCUGGGCACGGUGGGCAACUCGCUGGUGCUGGCCGUGCUGCUGCGCAACGGGCAGGUGAAUAACACCACCAACCUCUUCAUCCUCAACCUGGGCGUGGCCGACCUGUGCUUCAUCGUCUGCUGCGUGCCCUUCCAAGCCACCAUCUACACCCUGGAGGGCUGGGUCUUCGGGCCCUUCCUCUGCAAAGCCGUGCACUUCCUCAUCUACCUGACCAUGUACGCCAGCAGCUUCACCCUGGCCACCGUCUCCCUGGACAGGUAUUUGGCCAUUCGAUACCCUUUGCAUUCUAGAGAACUCAGAACCCCCAGGAAUGCUCUCACAGCCAUUUGCCUCAUCUGGGGUCUUUCCUUUAUUUUCUCUGGCCCGUACCUCAGUUACUACCAGGAGUUCCAGAUGGCCAACCUGACCGUCUGCCAUCCCAUCUGGAAGAUCUCCCAACGCAAGAUCAUGGACAUCUGCACUUUCAUCUUCAGCUAUGUCAUCCCAGUGCUGAUCCUUAGCCUCACCUACAUGAGGACUAUCCGUUACCUCUGGACAUCCGUGGAUCCCAUUGAAGACAUGUCCGAAUCCAAGAAGGCCAAGCGCAAGGUCACGAGGAUGAUCAUCAUUGUAGCUGUCCUCUUCUGCCUCUGCUGGCUGCCCCAUCACCUGAUCAUCCUAUGUGUCUGGUUCGGCUAUUUCCCUCUCAACCACGCCACCUAUGUGCUUAGGAUCCUCUCGCACCUGAUCUCAUACGCCAACUCCUGUGUCAACCCCAUUGUUUAUGCCCUGGUCUCCAAGCAUUUCCGCAAGGGCUUCAAGAAGAUCUUCAACUGCCUCUUGCACAAGAAGGUGGCCAAUAAAGUUCAUGUGGCACAGGUGACCAACACAGUCAGCACCCUGGAGGCGGAUCUGACUGAAGUGACACACAUCAGUGAGCCCCCACCCGCCAGGAUCUUCACCAGCUGCCAGGUCCCAGGCCAGCCGUGGGGGGAGACGGAGCAGCUAGGGCGCCAGCAGAAAGUAGCCAGCUCCUUCAUCACCUUCAAUGUCACCUAGUGGAACUUUUCCUGUUGGCUUUGAAAAAUAAUCUGACUCCGGGGCAGUUUCACAUGGACCUGGACAGGACUGAACUUUGGCUUUAAUAGACUGCUCGCGGGAAUCUCAGCUUUUAAAAUGCUGCUGCUUUCUAGCCUCUCAGCCAAGUGAAUGAUUAAGAUGUCUGUGUGGAAUGUGGUUUCGUUGCCCUCCUAGUUCCAGUGAUCAAAACCUAUUUUUCCCAAACCAAUGCCUAGGUAUGCCAGUGUGCUGCAACCCCACCCCACCCCCUGCUUCGUUAUAAUGGCCAGUCAGUGCAUGGGGGGUUACUGACGGAGGUUAGAUUGGAGGUUUUCUUUGAGGAAGAAUAUUGCAUCUUGGAGAGUGCUGCAGAGCCACUUGGCUGCAGGAGAACAACGUGCAGGAGCCAUUCCACACUUCUCUCCCCUCCUGGGCCAUAGAACAUUCUCUCUGGCUUGCCCUGCACGUCCAAAGCAGAGAUCCUGCUUCUGUGCACACGGCUGACAGGCAAGCUCAUUGCCAUGUUGGGAAAAGUCAUUCCAUUAUAAUGGCCAAGAGAGGGGAGUGGCUUGCUGAAUGGCCCUUCUGGUGUUGCACAGAAAGGGUGUGGGGGGAUGGGUUUGUUCAUAAGAGGCGCAGGAAAGAGGCUCAGUUCUAGGGCCAUGCUUCUCAUUACCGUCUUAGGCUAUAUCUACACAUAGUCCAUGUCUACACACAAGCAGUUGUUUCGACAUAAUGUCGAGAGAGAGGUCUUCUUACUCGGACUCCUGUAACCCUCAUCAUACGAGGAGUAAGGGAAGUUGGGGGGGGGGGGGAGUGCCAUCUCUCGAAAUAACUGCUGUGUAGACAGCGCCAAAAGUCGAAAUAAGCCAUCUCGACUUAAGCUAUGUGAUUAGUGUAGCUCAGGUUGCGCAGCUUAUUUCGAGUUUAGCCCUGCUGUGUAGACGAGCCCUUACAGGAUAGGAGCAGUGUGGAAUGGGGGCAGGCACAACCCAAGUGGCCUUGUAGCCAGAGCAGUGGACUUGUGCUGAAGCAAACUUGAUGAGAAACAAGUAGAACAACUUUGUCUGGACCAAAAGAAAUAGACUUGCCCAUGAUUAUUUGGUUUACUUGGCUGUUAUCAGGACUCUUAGGUGCUUAAGAAAGUCAUUCUCCCACACAGGUUCUCCUUCCGUCACAUCACCUUUUGCAUUUACGACAGGAGUUUGUUGCUAUGGAAACAACACAGUCAUGCACCUGGUGUCACCACUUGGACCCGUGCAAAGUGUGUAAAAAUGGCAGCCGGCCUGACUGGUGUAACUACCUAUGCAAGACGUGAGUGGAGAAGCUGUCACAGAGGGACUGACCUGUGUGGAAGGACUAACGAGUUGAAACACAGAGGGCUCAUCUCCUGCAAGCAGAAAUGGGCCGGUACAGUUGGAACCUGGCCAGGGGUACAGAAGGGGAGAUUUCACUUUGUGUUGCACUAGUAUUACAAACAAGAAUUUGACCAACUCCCUUUGACAUCAUGUUGGGUCUGCAGGUUCAUCAGACCCAACCGAGCGGUUGCACUUGCUCUUGGAACUCUAAAGCCAGGUUCUUUGGAGUGACGCCACUGAAACCAGUGAAGUUCCUUGUGUGAAAAGCAGAGCAGAUUCUGGCUCAUUAUACUCCCCACUCGCUGAAUGUUUAAAUGCCCAUAGGUUGCUUUGCACACCUGUCCUAACUGCUACACACACCUGUUACCCCGCAUGGUAGAGACGCAAAAUUUCUGAGCAACUUUCACCAAUAAUCUCAGUGCACAUUCCAGGGAACUCAUGUUCCCUGAUUCUAGGCUGCAUUUAGCUGCACUUGUGCCUGGGAAAACCCUAUGAACCUAAAGCGAUGCCUGUUAAGAGUCUCGUCACUGCUGCUCAGUUGUAGCACUGCUCAGAUAGGGUCACUGGGUGGCACCGUUUUUACAGCGGGGGCCCUGAAAGUCAUUGAACCAAACCAUUUAUAUGAUAGAAUUCAUGGAUUGCUAUUAGUGCUUUAAGCCAGGGGAUGCUGCUUCACUCCAACUUCCAGCAUCCUUAGACCCAAGUCAGGUUCUCCACUGAGAAGCAUCUUUCCCCCACCUUCAAGGUCUCUCACAGCUCUGCCCCUCCAUCUCUGUACACUCAUCACCCUUCCUGAUGGCAGCUGCAGCCUUCAGCUUCUUACCCAAAAAUCUUCCCACUGCCCGUCCUGAACCAAUCUAAAAUGCCAGUGCUCCCACCCUCUUCCUUCAAAUCCCUCCUCCACCAGGAUUAACUCACCAAUUAGGCUAGCUAGGCUGAGCCACACCUGGGAAGAGCUGGCAUUUUAUUUAUCAUAAUACAAACAUACAGGUUUCAAUGUAUACUGCCAUUCUCUGUAGUUGACUGUAUUGCAUUCAUCACUGUGUUAUUAAGAUGUAAGAUCACUAAGGUCAGAGGGGGGAAGGAUAGCUCAGUGGUUUGAGCAUUGGCUUACUAAACCCAGGGUUGUAAAUUCAAUCCUUAUGGAGGCCAUUUGGGGCAAAAACUUG